AUGGUGUCUCUAGAAAAUUUGGUUAGAAGUCUAAAUACUGCUUUUGAAUCAAAGGAUUACGAAAGUUGCGAGAAGAUUAUCCCAUCAGUAAAAUUAGAAUUGAUUAAAAACAAAAUAUUUAUUCCUGACCUUAAGAAUAAUAAUGAACAGUAUAUUAACGAUUUAAACAUCACCAAGAAAAUUUUAGAGAUUGGUGCUCUAACAGAUAUUUUUCUUUCUAAAAAUGAAGCCUUCGAAAAUGAUUUUACUUUAUUAAGAAGCUUCUAUUUCUGUAAGAAUGAUAAGCUUUCCAACUCUGAAAACAAAUCUAAGAUUAUAUGCCUUUACCUACUAGUAUUACGUUCUGAUGGUGAUGUAACAAGAUUCCACUCUGAAUUAGAAUACCUCGACAGACAUAUUCCAAAUUUAGAAGAUGAUGAACUACUUUCAUAUCCAAUUAAAGUUGACAGAUGGUUAAUGGAAGGUUUGUAUCAAAGGGCAUGGGAAUUGCUCGAUGCAGGAUUGAAUAUACCAGAAUUUGAUGUAUUCAACAAGACUUUGAUGAGUGCUAUCAGAGAUGAAAUUGCUCAUAGUACAGAGAUGGCAUAUCAAGAAUUACCAUUAACCAGCAUAAAGACAUUGCUAUUUUUGGAGAAUGAGAAGGACGUACAGACAGUAGCUGAUGAUAGAGGUUGGACAGUUGCAAAUUCAAUUGUUUCAUUCAAUCAAGAUGAAGACGAUGACGAUGACGACGAUAUCGAUGAUGGUUUCGAGAAUGAUGCUUUAGAUUUUAAUCGAAACGCAAAGGAUAGCUUAAAGGUAAUAGAUAAUACUCUUGAUUACGCAAUCAAUUUGGAGACUAUUGUUUAG